UUUUAUCUAUAAUUUUGUAGGUUGCCAUGUUUGUUGGUGUUGUUGAUACAUCUGCAACUGAAACAAAAGGAACAGUCCUUAUUCAUAGUGCCGAGCAGCUAGAAAAUUAUGCAAAAACUGAAGAAGCCAAAGUUGAGGAGCUCAUCAAAGCAGUUGCAGACUCAGGUGCCAAGGUUAUUGUUAGUGGAGCAGCAGUUGGAGAGAUGGCACUGCACUUCUGUGAGCGUUACAAGCUUAUGGUCUUAAAAAUUAGUUCCAAAUUUGAACUGCGACGAUUUUGCCGUACAACUGGUGCUGUUGCUCUUUUGAAGCUUGGUACACCAAAUCCAGAUGAUUUGGGGUACGUUGAUUCUGUGUCUGUGGAGGAAAUUGGCGGUGGUAGGGUCACUGUUGUGAGAAAUGAAGAAGGUGGAAACUCUGUAUGCGCUGUGGUCCUACGAGGAAGUACCGAUAGCAUAUUGGAUGACCUUGAAAGAGCAGUUGACGAGGAAGUACCGAUAGCAUAUUGUGUGUACACCUGAAGUAUUUGUCCAAAGUAUUUUGAAGCUGAGGCAAGCUCGGACUUGUGCUGGCCUUUAACACUAAUAUACCCUGCCUGAGUUCUUCUGAAAAUACAUGGCAGGAAACGCGGGCUCACUGUUACUUAGAUGAGGGAUCGGUAUGCAUGCCAUGCUAAAACUUUGACUCAUUUUAUGUGAUUCAAACUAUUUUGCUGUUUACAGGUUUUUUGCUCUCAAAUAUGCUGCAGAUGCUGCUUGCACUGUGCUACGUGGU